AACUGGACUUUCAGGCACAAUUAAAAAGGAAUGGGUGAAGAGAAAGCUGAACCUGUUCCAGCCUAAGGGUUGUGAGAAAUAGUGAGUUACCUCCCCUCCAGUGACUCUUUUUACUGGGGUGUGAUGGCUGGAGGGAAGGUCAGGGCUGAAGAGAAGGACGGAGAGACAUGCACCAACCAGAGUUCAGCCACAGGCUGAGUUUCCCUCUAUAGCCAUGACUACCUGGGGCUCGUCUGUGGAGAUGUCAGUCUGGCUAGAGGGAGAAGGCAGAGACUACCUUGGGGCCCUUUAGUCUUGUUGGAUCAGCUAGUAAGAUGGGCCAGUUUUGGGGGGUCUCUGGCUCAGGGGCUGGCUGACUUCCAGAGGUCACUUCUGCUCAGGGCACAGCUCAUGGGGGCUCUUAUGGCAGUCUCUCUCUCUCUCUUUUUUUUUUUGGUACCAGGGAUUGAACUUGGGUCCUUGUGCUUGGGAGGAAGGUGGCGGCACCAUUGAGCUAAACCCCCGGCCCACGGCAGUCUCUCUCAAGGUGGCCUGGCUUUCCACAGCCACAGCAGAUGAGUUUAGCCAUUGGGCUCUUCUUGCAGCCCCGAGAAUCAGACCUAUGCUCUGUUUCUUUUAAAGCUGAAAUUAAAGUGACUGCUCUCUCUUGGCCUCCAUUUUUCCUCUUUUGGCUUCCUCUCGGUCUCAAUUAUGUAUCGAGGAGGCAAUCCUCACUGAACUAUCAAGUGAGUUAUCUGGAGCAAAAACCAUCUUUUGUAGCUUUUAAAAAAUAUCUGCUGAUGACUGGUUAAUAAAUUUCUUUAAGAGUAAUCUGUCCUCUAUUGAAUCAGGAGCUAGGGAUGUACGUUCUAUCAAUAUCUUUUGUAAAUGAUCUAAGAAGGCAGAGGUGUUCUCAUCCUUCUCCUGAUAAAUAGUUAACAACUUAAUAUAAUAGAAGGGCUUAGUUCUCAUCGUUUUUAGACCCUCAAGAACACAUGUCUGAAAAUGUCUCCUAUUUCAAUUCCCCAUCUGGUUGGUAGGCCAGUAGGGGUCUCAUACAGGGACUGCUGGGGCUCCAGUAGGAGCUGGCUGUUCCCCUGGCUGUCCAUCUUCUGGCCUUUUAAAACUAACAGUACAGGAUGAGAUUUAUCUGCAGAUGAACAGCGCCUUGUCUCACCCGCAGGUUCAGUAAUAGUAGGUGAGACUUUUUUUAGCGCCCUCUGCUUGUGGUGCCGCCUCCUGGUCCUCCUGCCGCCGCCGCCAUCCUUAGUCACUCCCUGCGCAGCUCCGGCCGCCCAACUCCCCGAACUAGCCGCUGAUAUUUGCAGUUCUUGAUGGCCACCGCUGAGUCCUCCUCCUCUCUGGAGAAGAGCUACGAGCUGCCCGAUGGCCAGGUGAUCACCAUUGGCAUCGAGCGCUUCCGGUGUCCAGAGGCUCUCUUCCAGCCCUCUUUCCUUGGUAUGGAAUCUUGUGGCAUCCAUGAGGCUACCUUCAACUCUAUCAUGAAGUGUGAUGUGGACAUCCGCAAGGACCUGUAUGCCAACACAGUGCUGUCCAGUGGUACCACCGUGUACCCGGGCAUCGCCGACAGGAUCCAGAAGGAGAACACAGCCCUGGCGCCCAGCACCAUGAAGAUCAAGAUCAUCGUGCCCCCUGAGCGCAAGUAUUCCGUGUGGAUCGGCGGCUCCAUCCUGGCCUCACUGUCUACCUUCCAGCAGAUGUGGAUCAGCAAGCAGGAGUAUGACGAGUCAGGCCCCUCCAUUGUGCACCGCAAAUGCUUCUAGACGGUCUGAGCAGGUGCCAGGCACCUGCUGCAUGAGCUGAUUCCGAAGUAUAAUUUGCCCUGGCAGAUGUACACACCUCAUGCUAGCCUCACAAAACUGGAAUAAGCCUUUGAAAGAAAUUUGUCCUUGAAGCUUGUAUCUGAUAUCAGCACUGGAUUGUAGAAUUUGUUGCUGAU